AAAGUAACUAUGUUGUGGCUGGAGAUCAAUGAAGCCGAGUGAAUGGGGGGCUGAGUGCGCGGGUGCACACUGAGGCGGCGCCAGAUGGUGGAGGGCUGCGCUCCUUUAUGAAACUGUCUUGAGUUCUUCUUGAAUUGCCAGUGUUCGGCCUCCUCAUGCCUCCGUCUCCUUUAGACGACAGGGUACUAGUGGCACUGUCCAGGCCCGUCCGGCCCCAGGAUCUCAACCUCUGUUUAGACGCGAGCUACCUGGGCCCCGCCGCCCCGGGCAGCCACAGCCACCCUCCGGUCAUCGCCACCACCGUCGUGUCCCUCAAGGCUGCGAACCUGACGUAUAUGCCCUCAUCCAGCGGCUCUGCCCGCUCCCUGAAUUGUGGAUGCAGCAGUGCCAGCUGCUGCACUGUGGCCACCUACGACAAGGACACCCAGGCCCUGACCCCAGCCGUUGCCGCUGGCUCCGCCACCACUGCCAUCGGCGCCUCCGGCACCUGCCCUGCCACCCAGAUGGUCAACAGCAAUGACAGCGCCGGCUCUCUGAGUCCGUCCGGUGGGGUGGGCAGCCCGGCGGCUGGGACCCCCAAGCCGCUGGCCAGCAUCAAAAUCAUCUACCCCAACGACCUGGCGAAGAAGAUGACCCGAUGCGGCAAGAGUCACCUGGCCAGCCAGGGCCCCGUCAUCAUCGACUGCAGGCCCUUCAUGGAGUACAACAAGAGCCACAUCCAAGGAGCCGUCCACAUUAACUGCGCCGACAAGAUCAGCCGGCGGAGGCUCCAGCAGGGCAAGAUCACCGUCUUAGACUUGAUCUCCUGUCGGGAAGGCAAGGACUCUUUCAAGAGGAUCUUUUCCAAAGAAAUUAUCGUUUAUGACGAGAAUACCAAUGAGCCCAGCCGGGUGACGCCUUCCCAGCCACUCCACAUCGUCCUCGAGUCCCUGAGGAGGGAAGGGAAGGAGCCUCUGGUGUUGAAAGGUGGACUCAGCAGUUUUAAGCAGAACCAUGAAAACCUCUGUGACAACUCCCUCCAGCUCCAAGAGUGCCGGGAGGUGGGGGGCGGCGCCUCCGCGGCCUCAGUGCUACCUCAGUGCAUCCCCACCACCCCCGACAUCGAGAACGCGGAGCUGACGCCCAUCCUGCCCUUCCUGUUCCUUGGCAACGAGCAGGACGCUCAAGACCUGGACGCCAUGCAGCGGCUGAACAUAGGCUACAUCAUCAACGUCACCACGCACCUGCCCCUCUACCACUACGAGAAAGGCCUGUUCAACUACAAGCGGCUGCCGGCCACCGACAGCAACAAGCAGAACCUGCGGCAGUACUUUGAAGAGGCUUUCGAGUUCAUUGAGGAAGCGCACCAGUGCGGGAAGGGGCUCCUGAUCCACUGCCAAGCCGGGGUGUCCCGCUCGGCCACCAUCGUCAUCGCCUACUUGAUGAAGCACACGCGGAUGACCAUGACUGAUGCUUAUAAAUUCGUCAAAGGCAAACGACCAAUUAUUUCCCCAAACCUCAACUUCAUGGGGCAGCUGCUGGAGUUCGAGGAAGACCUGAACAAGGGGGUGACACCGCGAAUCCUUACACCAAAGCUGAUGGGCGUGGAGACGGUGGUGUGACAGCAGUCGGGACGGUCAGGGUCACUGGCUCCUGUUAGGAGACAAAGAGAAAGGAGAGCGGAUUAUUUCUUUGCUCUUUUUCUUUCCUUUUUUUUUUUUUUAAGCUGGGGGUAAGGUUUGUGAACAGAAACAAACUCGUUUAAAAUCUUUUUAUUUUUAACCAGUGUGAGAAGAAUUUAACUUUUGGUGCCCAUUAAGAUUUACUUCCCAGGAGCUGAUAAGAAAGAUUAUUAUAAGGAUCUCUCAACUCUGGCUAAGGAAGUGGGUUUUUUGUUUUGGUUUUUUUUUUUUUUCAAGCCAA